AUGUCCUCAGAUCAUAAAUUAGACGACUACGAGCUCGGCCAUGGAGGCUCCAAAAAUGAGGCUAUCGGAAAAGGGGAUAUCGAAGUUCACUCUGGUCAACAUGAGAACGGGACGGUAGUAGAGUUUCAGGAGGUGAAAGCUUUUAAGCAAGGCCUUCAUCAACGCCAUAUUCAGAUGAUCGCGCUUGCUGGAACAAUUGGUACUGGCUUAUUUCUUGGUUCUGGCCGAGCAAUUGCAAGAUCCGGUCCUCUGGGAGCAUUUCUUGGUUAUUCGGUGGUUGGCCUCGCUGUUUCAAGUGUAGUGUUUGCUGUUGGAGAAAUGGGAGCCUUAAUUCCUCUCACUGGAGGACAAGUUCGUUAUGCUCAGCACUUCUUCGACCCUGCAAUAUCUUUCGCCAAUGGGUGGAACCAAGUCUACUCAUACAUUGUCUCUAUUCCCUCCGAGAUCGUCGCCGCUGCAGUUUUAGUAGAGUUCUGGACGACAAUCAAUAAUGCAGUUUGGAUUACAGUUUUUGCUGUUCUCAUGAUCUUGACCGCAGUCACUUUUGUUAGGGUCUAUGGUGAAUUGGAGUUUACAUUUUCUAUGCUGAAGAUUAUGCUUGUCAUCGGAAUCAAUGUAAUGGCUCUCGUUAUUACCUGUGGAGGAGGUCCGAACCAUGAAUCGAUAGGCUUUCGUUACUGGAGGGACCCUGGAGCUUUCGUCCAGUAUUUGGGUAUUGGCGGUAGCUUGGGUCGCUUCCUUGGAUUUUGGACAACACUCAACAAUGCUUUAUAUGCAUAUUCUGGAAUCGAGAAUAUCACUGUAGCUGCUGCCGAGACGAAAAAUCCAAGAAGAGCAAUCCCAAUGGCCGCUAAGCGCAUCUUUAUCCGAAUUCUUUUGUUCUACAUUCUCACCAUCUUCAUGGUCGGUCUUGUGGUUCCAUCCAACGACCCCAACCUUCUUCAGUCUACUGGUACUGCUUCUGAAUCACCAUUCGUAAUUGCCGCGAAGAAUGCCGGUAUCAAGGUUAUCCCAUCGAUCAUCAAUGCUGUUGUACUUACCUCAGCUUGGUCUUCUGGAAACUCCAGUAUGCUCGGCGGAACACGAAUUCUCUUUGGUAUGGCUAUGUAUGGACACGCUCCCAAAUUCUUCACUAGAGUAAACCGUGCCGGUGUUCCUUAUAUUGCAGCUGCUUUAUAUGCUGUUUUCAUGUGCUUGGGCUACAUGACUUUGUCGAGUACUGCUAGUACAGUUUUCACUUGGCUUCAAGAUCUUGUCUCGAUCGCAACAUUGGUUAAUUGGAUAUCCAUCUUAGUAGUCUACCUUAGAUUUCAAGCUGGCUGCAAAAAGCAAGGCAUCAAUCGCCACACUGAGCUUCCAUGGGCUGCACCACUGCAGCCAUACACGACGUGGGUUUCUCUGACCCUCUUUGUCAUUCUUCUCUUCACCGGAGGAUACGUGACUUUCAUUCAUGGCGAAUGGGACACUGGGACAUUCAUUUCAUCGUAUUUGAACAUUCCUCUCUUCCUAAUGCUGUUUUUGGGCUAUAAAUUUUACGCCAAAACUAAAAUGGUUACUUUGGAGGAAAUGCCAAUUCGAGGAUUCAUUGAGAUCUACCAGCAAAACCCAGAGCCAGAAGAGGCGCCCAAGAAGGGGCUUGCAAGAUUGAAUAUUAUGUGGUCAUGA